AAAUAACCUUUAGUCACUGGAACACUACAGAAGAAAUUGGAACUGUUUCUUGGCCAGACAUUUCUGGUUAAUGCCAUGUUAAGAAGCUUGACUCAAGGCAGCCCAAAUUCACUUUCAUUCCACUCUCCUUGAGCGUAGCAGCAGCACAAUGCUGUUCCGAGGGAUUUGCCUUCUCGUGUGCCUUCUCUGUGUGGCACAAAUAACAGCUCAACAAAACACCAGACCCAAGAAAAAGUCAGAACUCAGAAAAGAUGUUGUAAGCCUCAGAAUGAUUGAAGACAUUAAAGAGCAACUAGAGAAUCUUUCCCAGGAGGUGGCCUUACUAAAGGAAAAGCAAGCACUUCAAACAGUUUGUCUGAAAGGCACCAAGAUCAACCUAAAAUGCUUCCUGGCUUUUUCCCACGCCAAGACCUAUCAUGAGGCCAGUGAAGACUGCAUUUCCCAGGGUGGCACCCUCAGUACCCCACAGACAGGUGACGAAAAUGAUGCUCUCUAUGACUAUGUGAGGAAGACCCUUGGGACUGAGGUGGAAAUUUGGCUUGGCAUCAACGACCUAGCAGUGGAAGGCAAAUGGGUAGACAUGACCAGCAAUGGCAUUAGCUAUAAGAAUUGGGAAACAGAGAUCACCACCCAGCCUGAUGGAGGGAAGAAAGAAAACUGUGCAGCGUUAUCUGCAGUGGCUGUGGGAAAGUGGUUUGACAAGAGGUGCAGAGACCAGCUGCUCUAUGUGUGCCAGUUCAUGAUUGUUUAAUAGAGAGAUUCCUCUUGGGGAAGGUUGUAUGGAACGUAUUUUCCAUUGAUCCCUGGAACUGAGUUUUGUGUGUGUGCAUGUGUGUGUGUGCAUGCUUAUACAUAGAUAUAUAGAUAUUUAUGAUGAGACAUAUACAUAUCUACACACACUUAGCAGAAAAAUUGUUAUGGCAAUGGAUUAGAAUGAAUUAGACCUAUGCUGCACUUUAAUUGGUUGAAAGCUACAUCCUACAUGUUAGAAGCAACAUUAUACUUAUUUAGGUACAAGUCAUAAAUACCAAUAUCCUCACCCUCAAAAUUUAUUGCAAAGGCUUCACUAUUUGAGAGCAUGGCUGGCUGGGGAAUUCUGGGAAUUGAAGUCCACACAUCUGAAAGUUGCCAAGGUUGAGAAACACUGGUCUAGUGCAUCCCUGGGCAGCUUCUGUCUUCCUCCAGAUGUGAUCCAGAGCAGAGCAGAUACAGCCCACACUGUGCUUUCCAGUGCACACAGCACACAACAUAUGACCAAGCUGGUAAAGGGUUUGGAAAGAACUGCAGACAACCUGCUCUGCAUGCUUUCCCUACCUUGCUUAUCUAAGAAGAACUAUGUCCAGCUUUUUAAACAGGACAGAGCAGCAUCUGAACCAUCUGGGUGCUCUCUGUCAUGGCUUCCUCUGUUUACAUCUAGGUGCCAUCUUGAUAUUCUUUCCCUUGCAUUCCUGGCUCUCUGUUUUCCCCUCUCCAUCCCCUUGUCUGCACUCCUCUGCUCUGCUUGUGUGCAGCCACUGCUCUGCUGCUCAAACCCGUUCCCUUUGCUGCCCAUCUGUCUGUUUGCCCACUAAUCACCCCUUUGCCAACUCUGCCCCCCUUCCAGCUUCCAGCCCUCUUUUUCCCUUCCUGUCUUCUCAGUGUAGCAUCCAGCCCUUUGCCCCCCCCCCCCAAUCUAUAAUAAUUCUUUUUAUUCUGAUGGAACAAUCCUGGGGGAUUCCCAGGACUCCAGGUUACCACUUCAGCUUUAAAAUGCCAAAUGUCACAAUGAAACAGCACAAUUGCUCUAUCCAGGCUUUGAAAUAAAGAUGAGAUCAUUUUAACUGGGAAGGGGAGGGCUGUAAACAUAAGCCCCACCCUCUAGGUCCCCACAUACAUGCAUCCUGUACUUUCAUGCAUUCAGGGCAAAAGACUAGGAAAGAAACACUAAUAUGUUACUGGGGACUCCAGUCAUGAGGGGGCUUGUAUGUAUGCUCAGGCAAAAGCACUUGGGAGCCCUUCAGCCUUCCAUGACAAAUGCACAGAGGUUUGGCCUGGAGCCUUUGCGUGUCCCUAUGCCUGCUCCCUCUCUUCUCGCUGUAUUCCAUCUGCAUUAAUUCAAAUGCCUGAGUCAAUCUAUGCAGAAAGAGUUAUAUCACAUGUUUGAAAAGAAAGGACUGCUGACUAUGGAAAGAGCUCACUGAGGGCUGGAACUGGUGGUGGGGUGAACCAGAACCAGCAUUGCAAAAUUGUAUAAUGCUGUGUAUUUAGAUGGCACCACCCAUGAAAUAAAGCUGAGUGCUGCAUGAAA